AUGGGUGUACCAAGACUUUUCAAAUGGCUCUCUGAAAGAUAUCCAUGUAUUGCUUCCUCACUUACUGAGGCAACUAUACCAACUGUGGACAAUUUAUACCUUGAUAUGAACGGUAUUAUUCACAACUGUACACACAAGGAUGAUGAAUUAAAGGCUCAAUUAACCGAGAAGGAAAUGAUUUUGAAGAUUUUCCGUUACAUUGAUCAACUUUUCCAAUUGAUUAAGCCUUCCAAACACUUCUUCUUAGCUUUGGAUGGUGUUGCACCAAGAGCCAAGAUGAACCAACAACGAUCGAGACGUUUUAGAAAAGUUUUUGAUGAACAACAAUUACGUAAAAAGCUCGAACAAAAAGGAGAAAAAGUGCCUGAAAGGGACAACUUGUUCGAUUCUAACUGUAUCACUCCAGGAACAGAAUUUAUGGCCAAAUUGAGUAUGCAUUUGAAGUAUUUCAUUCAUAGCAAGAUGCAAACAGAUAUCAAAUGGCAACAAUGUAAAGUUAUCUUGUCAGGACACGAAGUGCCAGGUGAAGGUGAACACAAGAUUAUGAACUUUAUUCGUGGUAGAAAGAUGGAAGCUGGUUAUCAACCAAACGAAAGACAUUGUUUGUAUGGUCUUGAUGCUGACUUGAUUUGUCUAGGAUUAGUUACUCACGAACCUCACUUUAUGCUUCUUCGUGAAGAUGUCUUUGAACAAUAUAGAAAUAAUGAUUCUAAAGAAAAGUCUAGUAAUAAGCCAUUCGCUGAAAAGUUCCACUUGUUACAUUUAUGUGCAUUAAGACAAUAUUUAGAUUUCGAGUUUAGACAAGCUCUUUUGGAACAAAAACUUUCAUUCGAAUAUGAUUUGGAAAGAAUUAUUGAUGACUUUGUAUUUUUCAUAUUCUUUACUGGUAACGAUUUCCUUCCUCACAUGCCAACAUUGGAUAUCAAAGAAGGAAGUAUUAACACAAUGAUUGAUAUUUACAAGCAAAUUUUACCAAAAUCAGGUUAUUUAACUGAGCUAGGAGAUGUUCACUUGGAACGUGUGCAAGAUUUCGUUAGAGCUCUUGCUUCCCAAGAAUCAUCAAUGAUGGAACAAAGAUAUACUGCUAGGUUGAGAGAAAAUAGAAAGACUAGAAGAAGAAGAGGUGCUAAGCAAGUGGUUGAUUCCGAAGGAUUCAAAUCAGUCGGAAAUUCUGUUAACCAUCCACAAACCGAGGCCACUGUAGAAAAUGCCUCCAGUGUUCUCGAUUCAUUUGCUAAUGAACUUUCACCAGGAAGCUUGAAGAAACAUUUACUCCAACAAGAGGAAUUGUUUGUCAAUGAUGGUGAUCACACUGAAAAGGACAUGGGACUAGUUGUCGGCAUGUCCAGUGUUAUGGAUUUCAAUGCUCCAGCAACUGUAAAUUACGGAGUUGAUGCUGAUGAGGAUCUUGAAGAUGAAGAAGGUGUAGAAGUUGAAGAAGUCAAUGACCUCUUGUUAAAGUCUAUUGGUGACAAUGGUUUCGAUUUUAACGAACAAGUUAUUGAACUUCCAAAAUAUGAAAAAUUCUUGCCAAAGCUAUGUGAUGGUGUCAAGAUUGGAAAGCAUAACUUGGAGGGAUUCCCAGUUUUAGAUUGUAAGACUACUCAAGUUGAAGAGAAGGAUGUUGGUAUUGCACUUUUUGGACAUCCAAGUAAAAAGCCAAGUUUGGUUAUCAACAUGAACCCUCAAUACUCAAGGGAUCAAAUGAUGGAUGAUGAAUUUGUAAUUGAAGAAUCUGUCAAGGCCGCUCAAGGUUUGAGUAAGUACAUUGGUAAGAAGGUUUACAUUGGAUAUCCAUACCCAAGAUUGGGUAUCUUGUCCAGCAUUGCUGAUGAAAGAGCAAGCUAUUUUGAAAAUAGUGAACCAGAAUAUCACAAUGAAAGGGAUGCUGAAAUGUUUAGAAAGGAAUAUUCUUAUCAUAAGAAUGUACUUUUGAGAAGAUAUGGUCUUGAUAUUGGUAAUGUUAAAGUGUUGUUAUUUGUCAAGUUAUUCAAGGGAAUGAAACGUGACAAGUUUGGUAUCAAGAAAUCAUUCCACAGAGAUGAAUUUGCUUAUCCACAUUCAUUGAUUGUCCUUCCAGAUGAUUAUGAACCAACUCCAGAUAGCAAGUUUGCUGAAACAGGUCCACAAGCUGUUGAAAAGGAAUAUCCAGUCAAUAGUACUGUUCUUGUUUUGGGAGAUCAAUCAUAUGCCUCCUUGGGUAAGGUUGCUGGUUAUGAUAAGAAAUUCCUCAAGGUUUCACUCACCACUCCUUACUCUGAUCAAACUCCUAGACCAAAGUUCCCUAAGGAAGCUGUUACCGAGUUUGCUGCUGAAAAGUACGUGCCUCUCCAUAUUGCUUCUAAGAGACUUGGUUUGACAAAGAAGGCUUUGGGUCUCUUGAUUGGUAGUAUUAGAUUGGAAUUGUCAAAUACCAAACUCACUCCAAAUGUCGGUUUAGGAUUAAGAUCAAAGAAGUCAUCAAAGAGAAUUGUUGGAUAUUGCAAGUGUGACUUUAAUGAGCAAAAUCUCGAUGACUCAUACUUCCUCAACUUUGAUGGUGGUAGUUUGUUCACCAAACCUCUUUCUAAUAAGUUCUCUGUUGGAGGUACUUUUGGUGAUUGGGAACUUUCCGAUAAGGCAAUGACACUUAUUGGCAACUUUUGUCAAGCAUUCCCAGAUUUUGUUGCCAAACUUGAGCAAGAUAUUCCAUUCAGAUGUGAACUCUUCUUCCCUAAUACCUUGAAGGAUAAUCAUGAAAAGGACAAGUACUAUCAAACAAAGGUUGCUGAAAUUACCAAGUGGAUUGAUGAACAAGGUUUCCGUAGCUUGCCAUUUGUUGAUAUUGAACAAGAUGUUUUACCAGUUUCUGCUUUGAAGGCUAUUGAAGAAGCAGCUAUUGAAUUCAGCAAACAACCUGCUCAAACACCUGCCUUGCAAUCUAUUGUUAUUGAUCCUGUAUUUGUGCACAAACCAGAAGAUCCAUGUCCAAAUCUUUUCUAUAUUGCUGAUUUUGCUCUUGGACAUCGUGUCAUGCAAAUGAGUGGAUCUGGUUCUGCUAGAUUCGGUCUUGUUGGUACUUUGGUUGGUAUUGAUGGUGAUAAUGGGCAAGUUAUUUUUGAUGAAGAAUUUGUUGGAGGUUCAACAUUUGGUUCCAGAUUGUCCACUGCUAGAGGUGCUAUUGUCAGUUUGAGAUCUUUGGUUAAUUUGGACAAGAAGAAGUACAUUAGAGUUUAUGAUAAUGAACAAAAGAAGUAUAGCUAUAAGCAAAAUGUUGACUAUACUAAGGAACAUUACUUUACCACUUCAAGCUACAAUUAUGAUAUGCCAAAGGUUCAAAAUAAUCAAAAACAACCAGCCUCUCCUCAAACUCAACAACCAAACAAUCAAAGACCACAACAACCAUACAAGCAAAGACAAUUCCAACCAAAUAACAAUAAUAAGAAUACUAACAAUGGAAGUUCCUUCAAGAUUUUGAAUUCUAAUGAAGCAAACAAUGCCAAUGAACACCCAUUUAAUUUCGGUAAGAAUGGAAAGCCAAAACAUGAAAAGAGAAGAUUACAACAAAAUGAAUCUCAACAAGUUCAACAAGAAGGUUCCUCCCAACAAGUACAACAAGAAACCAAGACACAAGAGGCAUCCUCAUCUUCAUCUACUGCUUCAACAUCCUCCGAAGAUUACAAUCCAUCAGAAUUGUUCAAGCAAUCAAGAGCCAAGCACAGACAAAACAGAGUACAAAAACAAACAACUACAGAAGAUUCUGCUCACGAUUAUCUCAACAUGCUUCAAACACAAUACAAGAAGUAAAUUUUGACUCUUUCAAUAAAAACAUUUUGAAUAGCAUUGAUAACUUACA